AUGGAGAAAACACGAGUCGCUAAGGUUGAAGAUGUGACCUUGGCGCGUCGUGGUGAGCAGGUCGUCGGCACGCUUCACCUCACCCCUCACCAUAUCAUCUUCUCGCACAUCCCGCAAGGAAUUGACAAUGCGCAAGCCCAGGGUGCGCCUGUUCGGCCGAAGGAGCUGUGGAUAACUUAUCCGAUCAUUGCAUUCUGUACAUAUCGCCCGAACCCCGCUGCAUCCCGCCAACCGUCGUCCAUCCGCCUACGUUGUCGAGACUUUACCUUCGUCUGUUUCUACUUCACGAGUGAGAGCAAGGCUCGCGAUGUAUAUGAAAGUAUAAAACUUUGGACAUGCAAGAUCGGCCGGAUUGACAAGCUCUAUGCGUUCACUUAUCAGCCCCCGCCGCCGGAGCGAGAAAUCAACGGCUGGGAACUGUACAAUGCUCGCAAAGAAUGGGCGAGACAAGGCGUGGGCCGGGACAGCAACGAGAAUGGCUGGCGAAUCUCUGAGAUUAAUAUGGACUAUGGGUUUUCACCGACGUACCCUGCUCUUCUACCAGUGCCCGCUACGAUUUCAGAUAAUACGCUCAACUACGCGAGCCGAUACAGAUCGAGAGCAAGGGUGCCUGUUCUGACAUAUCGUCACCCCAUAAACAACUGCUCGAUUACCAGAAGCUCUCAACCUCUGGUGGGUGUGCGGCAGAACCGGAGUAUUCAGGAUGAAAAGUUACUGGCAGCAAUCUUCUCGACCUCCCGAGCAGAGCGGCCGUUGGCAAACUUCACUCCGCCACCUCUCGAACAUGACUCGUCAAACUCAACACAGGGCGAUGCUUCAUCGAGUCGGUCCUUAACUGAACUGACGAACGCCGAGGAGUUGGAAGACGAGAUGCUCGCAUCGUUCCGCGGGGAUCCCGAGGAACAACCCCAGAUCUAUGGCGCCCAGCAGCAUAACCUGAUUGUCGAUGCCCGGCCGACAGUCAAUGCCUUCGCAAUGCAAGCCGUGGGUCUCGGCUCAGAGAAUAUGGAUAACUACAAGUUCGCCACGAAAGCAUAUCUUGGUAUCGACAAUAUUCAUGUGAUGCGAGACUCGCUUAAUAAGGUGAUAGAUGCCUUGAAAGAUUCGGAUGUCACCCCGUUGGGUCCCAACCGGGAUCAAUUGGCACGGAGUGGAUGGCUGAAGCAUAUCUCGGGGAUUCUGGAUGGCGCCGGAUUGAUCACUCGUCAGGUCGGCCUGCAGCAUUCACAUGUCUUAAUCCAUUGUUCAGACGGGUGGGAUCGCACCGGCCAGCUCAGUGCUCUGAGCCAGAUCUGUCUAGACCCUUACUUCAGAACGAUAGAAGGAUUCAUGGUGUUGGUGGAGAAGGAUUGGCUCUCCUUUGGACACAUGUUUCGGCAUCGAUCCGGUCCUUUGAGUAGUGAGAAGUGGUUCCAGAUUGAAAAUGAAAGAAUCGGAGGAGACUCAAGUCGUGGCUUCGGCGAACCUGGCGGUGCAAGCAAAGCCAUUGAGAAUGCCUUCCUCAGCGCUAAGGGCUUCUUCAACAGAGACAAUACGAGUCGUGACUCUCUUCACGAGUCGGACGGAGAAAUGCAAAGCUAUGAAUCUGACGGCCCUCGAAAGCCUGGCUCCGCGCCGAGGACCGUUGUCUCUGAGAAGGAAGUUACCAAGGUAAAAGAAACAAGUCCAGUGUUCCAUCAAUUCCUCGACGCAACCUAUCAGCUCCUGUACCAACACCCGACGCGCUUCGAAUUCAACGAGCGAUUUCUACGACGUCUGCUUUACCACCUCUACUCGUGUCAAUAUGGUACUUUCCUCUUUAACAGCGAGAAGGAGCGACUAGAUAUGAGGGCAAAAGAACGCACUCGAAGUGUGUGGGACUACUUUUUAGCUCGGAAAGAACAGUUCCUCAACCCGCAGUAUGACCCUCAGAUCGAUGACCACAAGCGCGGGAAGGAGCGCCUGAUCUUUCCACGCAUCAACGAAGUCAGAUGGUGGAGUGAAGCAUUUGGUCGAGCUGAUGCCGAAAUGAAUGGGACCCGCCAACCCACCUCAGCCCCUCCCACCCGUCGCGAUAGUCCUAGCUCGGAGGGUACGCCUACGCCAGUCUUGACAGGGAUUGAAACAGCCCAUCAUUCUAUGGGAAGCGGUACUUCUGGGAAAACGACCACGAAUUCCGCCCCGACUGGACUAGCGGCGGUGACAUCAGGGAUUUCCAACUUGGCCUUUUCUAAAGGGAGUGAUAACCCUCCGGAGCCAAAAAGCACCAUGAGUCAAAUGGAGCUUGAAAUGCAAUAG